AGCCUGUGGCUCCUCAACCCCAUCCUUCACGGAGAUCAUACUGAGGCCCUGGGAGGGGCUGUUCCCCUUCCUGUGAGGCCUCUGAUGAGGAACCCAUGAAGCGUCACAGGGACUCUGUCACAUGCCCUGAGUCUGUCUCUCCUGUAGAGCUCUGUGGACUUUAUAAGUCACCUAUACAGCUGGGAUCAUGGGAGACAGAGCCAGGACACCUACCCUCACUGCCCUUCUCUGCCUUGGGCUGUGUCGGGGCCCAUGUGACCAGGUACAGGCAGGAGCUGCCCCCAAACCCUCCAUCUGGGCUGACCCAGGUCCCAUGGUAAGCAGGGGGAGCCCUAUGACCAUCUGGUGUCAGGGAUCUCUGCAGGCUGAUGUCUACCAUCUCUAUAAAGACAGGGUCUCUAAACCCUUGGAUACAGAGGCCCCACAGAACUCCAGCAAAAAGGCUGGUUUCUCCAUUGAAUCUAUGAGCACACAUACUGCAGGGGUGUAUCAGUGUGCAUAUCACAGCAGGAGGAAGGGCUGGUCGGAGCGCAGUGACCCCCUGCUUCUGGUGGUGACAGGAGUAUACCCUGCACCUUCCCUCUCAGCCCACCCAAGCCAUGUGGUGACUUCAGGAGGGAAUGUGUCCCUCUCAUGUAGCUCAGAGGUCACAGGGGACACUUUCUAUCUGCUGAAGGAAGGAGGAGCUGGCCCACCCAGACAGAUGCAAUCGAGGACCUUUCGUGGGAGGUGGCAGGCUGUCUUCUCUGUGGGUCCCAUGAACGCCUCCCAUGGAGGGACCUAUAGAUGCUAUUAUAAUUCCAGCUCCUACCCCCAUACAUGGUCAUACCCCAGCAACCCUCUACAUCUUGAGGUCACAGGCGUGUAUAGGGAGCCCUCCCUCUCAGCCCAGCCUGGCUCGCUGGUGUUCUCAGGAGACAACCUGACCCUCCAGUGUCGCUCAGGAGCCGGCUUUGACAGAUUUGCUCUGACCAAGGAUGAGGGGCUCACAUCCCCCCAGCAUCUUCAUGGGCAGCACAGCCCCUACUUCCCCCUCGGCCAUGUGAGCCACACCCAUGGGGGCCAGUACAGAUGCUACAGUGGACACAACCUCUCCCAUGCAUGGUCGGCUCCCAGUGACCCCCUGGACAUCUUGAUUGUGGCCCCAAGUCCACAAGACUACACAGUGGAGAAUCUCAUCCGGAUGGGUGGAGCUGCCUUGAUCCUGGUGGUCCUUGGGAUACUGCUAUUUCAGGCUCGUGACAGCCCAGGAAGAUUAGAAGAUGCAGCCAGGAGGUCCUCCUACAGAGCAGUCCCUACAGAGUGGUGCUCUUCUCAAAAUAGAAGUCUCUUCAUGCAUUCCUUUACUGAAGAUGUUCCUGCUGUCGGAAAGACAAAUUCCAGAAAUAUCUCCAGGGGUGCACAAGACCUUGUGUGACCAAGGACCAGUGUUACCUGAUUACUCACAGUUCUUAGACUAGUUCACUCACUUCCUGGUCGAGGAUGCAGGUGACUCACCAUAAUUGUGCUAACCCUACCUUGUCUUGGUCUCUCCUUCUCCAGAAUGUCCCCAAACUUGCAUCACUAAAGUUGCUAGAUGUCCACCUGUUAUUGAGUCUCUCUGUUUUCUGUUUUUCUCCUUCUGUACAACUGAUCAAAACCAUAGCCAAAUAACCCAUUGUCUAAAUAUCUGUAUUGUUUGUUGUCACUAAUGAGACCUCAAUGAGUCCACAGAAUAAAUUGGUCAGCUUCACUACUGAAUCUCAUGCCUGGACUUGGUGACUGCUCAAUAGACACUGGUUGAUGCCUGGAGGGUAGAAGGAAGCAAUAAUAUUUGCAUUUAAGCAGUCUCAGAAAAGGGGAGUAACUUAUCCAAGGUUGCACAGGUUCUAUAAGUGGCAGAGUCAGAAUUGGAACUACAACGCACUGGCUCCCAGGCCUUGCCCUGCGUCUUUUAUCCUCAUGUUCUGGGACAAGUGUCAUUCUCUGGAUUUGGGUUUGGCAUGCGGUGGAGGCAGAAUUUGUGGGGUCUGGAGACUCAUAUCUGGUCUGGCAGAUUCUCAAGCAUGCUGUCUUUUUGGCCCCAUCCUUUAGGGAGACAACAACUAGGUCCUGGGUGGGGCUGUUCUUCCUCUGAGGCCACAUAUGAGAAACCCGUGAUAUGUCACAUGGAGCCCAGACCUUUUCAUAUCCUAUGUGUCUGUCCAUCUUGCUGGCCUCUGUAGACUUCAUAAGUUGUCUGCAUGGUUGUAGACCAGGGGAUGCAGCACCAGAACACCUAUUCUCACAGCCUUUCUCUGGCUCAGCAAACUGGGGGAAAAUAGGAGUGAUGGUUCCCCUCUCCUCCCAGGUCUUGGUCUCUGAGAGACCCCAGGACUCAGGAGGCUCAGUGGAGGUAUAUCUUCUUGAGGAAGGAGAGUGGGCUCAGUGCCUAGAACCGGCUCCAGUACUCAGGGUCCCCAGCAAGGUCUGGGCCUUCUAUGUGUAGUUGGGGGGGACAUGCUCACACAGAGAACUCUCUUCCAGUGUCAGGGCCUGUGGGACCAAGUACAAGUGGGUGAGUCCUCCCUCACACCACCUUCUUUAGAACAAUGAACUUCCCAAGACAGCUAGGGUAACACAGAGGGUCUGUGCUGAUGGUGACCAGUUGAAUGUGGCCUUGAGUGACAGCUGGGGAAGCUGAGGGGAGGAGGGCUCCCCUGACACUCAGGUCUGUCUCCUUUCCAGGACACCCCCCCAAACUCACUAUCUGGGCUGACCCAGGCCCCGUGGUCACCUCUGGAAGCCCUGUGACCAUCUGGUGUCAGGGGUCUCUGAGGCUGAUGGCUAACAUCUAUUUAAGGAGAGGAUCUCUAAAUCCUUGGAUACAGUGGUCUGCAAGACUACAGCAAUGAGACAGUUCCUCCCUUGAACCCACAGUGCACACACUACAGGGCUAUAUCAGUGUGCAGAUCACACCAGGAGGAAUGUUCAGAGUGCAGUGACCUUCUGUCCCUGGUGGUGAUGGGUAAAAGGGAGGAGUCUGGCGCCCUCCUCACUAUGGGCUCCUCCUCACAGGCACAGGGGAAUGGAGUGUGGGAUCAGUGGACCUCAGCCCUCAUGGCCCACACCUGGUGUAUGUGGGCCGACAGUCCCACCCUUUAAUACAACUCCUUUCUUCUCCCUCAGGAGUGUCAGCGCACCCUUCCUCUCAGCCCUCCCAGGUGCUGUGGUGGGGUCAGGAAGGAAUCUAUGUGGUCAGUAGGAGAGGAAAUAUAUGAAGGGGAAGAGCCUCAACUGAAGCGAGGAGAAAAGAACUGACUCCAUCUCUGUCCGUGGUGCUGAUUUCUGGGAGUCCAUAAGAGUCAUCAUGGCACAUUUGAAAGAGUAGAAUAAAGAUAUCCUCCUUCUUCAGAAGGAGGAGGUUGGGGCAUUCACUGGAAGUCAUAAGCUUAAGUUGAGUUGGCUCAGCCACCUUUGAUUGAGACAUUGACAAAAUUCCAUCUAAAUCUGAAACUUUAUUCUCUCAUCGAUCAAAAGUAGAAUCCUAUCCUGGAUUUCAAAAGGCUCAAUUAGUUCUGAAGUUCUUGGCCAGUGAAUUUCUGUGGAAGAAUGCCUAGAAAUUCUUCUCUGGGGACUUUUAUCCCCUCUGAGCAUGUUCUGUAUCCACCAGGAAGUACUGUCAUUAUGGGAUAGGGGGAGAAGAAGGGCAAUAUUUUUGCCCAAUUUCCAACUGCACCAGGUUGUCAGUCAGAUCAGAUCAUCCUCUGAAUCAUCUUCCAUAAGAGCUUAUGUCUAGUAUUCCCUUCCUCCCUCUCAGUGUUACCUGGUAUUCCCUAGCAUUUCUUUUCUUAAAUUAUCAGAACCUAUCUUAUGUCUAUCGGUAUCUCUAUUUUUGUAUAUGUAUCCAUUUGAAUAUUUUCUUUCAUCAUUUACCUUUUUUUGCUUAUUUCUUAUAGUCUUCCUACCUAUUAUACAAACUGAAAGAAUAGUUAGAGAUUGUGUUAAUUGUGGUUAUCCUUCAUCCAGGAAAUUUGCCUGAUGUGUUGUAGAUAUUCCAACGUUAAUUUUCUAAAGGAAUAGAUUGAUAGACAGAGGAAAGGAAAAUUAUAUGAAAUAUAUAAUUCUGAUCCAGACACAAAAAGAGCUGGCCGAAAUGGAGGAACUGAAAUGUAGACACAGACCUUCACUCCUUCAUAUUCCUGAUUAUCAGGGCAAAAUUAAGCUCCAGAUGUUCAUCUUUGCUUUCUAACUAGAUGGAAGAAUUGACAUGGGAGAUAACCACCUCAAGAGAUUGAGAUUGGCGUUAGCUAGUUUUAGAGACUCACUGGAGGUCAGAGAAGAGAUUACCUAAGCAUGGCUAAGUUUCCUCACCAGCACUUUCGAUUUUUGGCUUUUGGGAGUAGCCGAUACCCUCAGAUCAUAAGAAAACAAAUCAGACUCUAAGAGGAAUGAGUAAUGAGAAAUUCUCUCAUGGGGCUGGAGACAGAGGCUCAAAUCCUGCCAACAGAAGGCAGGUGCCCAGAAUGAACAUGCAGGGAUCCUGGGGUGAUGUCAGUCUUCCCUGAUGACUAUGAUCUCUUUGUCCUCAAUCUCUAAGUAAAAAACCCAAGACUGCAUAGGGGAGAAUAUCAUCCAAAAUGGGUAUCUCUCCCUUGAUCAUUGUGGUUCUCAGGGUGCUGCUGCUUUGAGCUCAGUACUGUCAGAGAAUCACCUAAAGUUGCAGCCAGGAGAACAAAACCAUCAUUUGGCAAGGUAGAGCCUUAGAAAUAAAUCUGAUAAUACCAAGAGGUUCUGAAAGAAAAUCUGGGGCAUAACUUGGGGGAACUGUCUGCUGAGAAUACUGAUAAUGUUAACAUGGUUCAGGUGCAGGAAAAUGUCUGGGUUAUUUCUGUAGAGGCUUUGUUUGUAACGAAACUGUGGUAAUUUCCCUCCCUACCCCUAUUGAUUGUUCUUUUCUCAUUCCUAUGACCUGACUUUACCCCACGUGGCAUGUUUAGGUCCACAUUAUACCCAACUUCAUGCUCUGGGCCACUUUAAUUUAAUAUAUUUUUCUCUGUUUUCACUUACCACAUUACCAGAAGUUUGUAUUCCUUCAGGUCAGAAUACAGAAUCUUUUUUAAAUAACUGAAUAAAUGGGUGAAAAUUAGAACAGAUAAAUCCAAAAUAAUUCCCCCAAACCCUCUCUGGAACUAUUAAACC